AUGUCUCGGCCUAAGAAAAGCCCCGUUGCCGUAAUAGCACCGCCUUUGCAAGCCUCUUGCGCCUCUGGGCUUUACAUAGCUCACAACACAAAACCUCUGAUCGGGACGUGGUGGUCUGACUGUAUCGGAAGAAGAAGAAGGAAAAGGCUCUCCGCUGUCAAGAUGGUUCUCCUACAGCCAGAUCCAUUUCUAAAUGAACUUACUAGCAUGUUUGAGAAGAGCACCGAGAAGGGUUCCGUUUGGGUUACCUUCAAAAGAUCAUCCUUGAAGUCUAAGGUGCAGAGGAAUAAAAUGAAAACUGCUGGGGAAGAAAUUGAGUACAGAUGCCUUAUUCGUGCAACAUUUGGGAAUAAGACAAUUUCUACUUCGGUUGGCCCGAAGGAGCACCAGCGCUUUCAGUCUUCUUAUGCAACUGUCCUAAAGGCUCACAUGACAGCUUUAAAGAAGCGGGACAGGAAGGAAAAGAAGAAGGCUGCAGAGGCAGAUAAGAAAGGAGGGGUUGGAGUGUGCCCGUCGAUAAUGACUUGGAAUGCGGCUUUGUCGGGUUGCCUUAAGAUUGGGAGGACUGAUAUUAUUUGGAAACUGUAUCAAGAAAUGAUAGAAUGUGGUGUUGUAGCUGAUGUUGAUGUUGAUACUGAUGGGUAUCUCAUUCAAGCUUUUUGUGAUGAUAACAAGGUGUUGAAAGGUUAUGAACUUCUUCGGGUUCUGGUAGAUGGAUUAGUCCCUGGAAAUGCUGCUUUCAAUAAAUUGAUAUCUGGGUUUUGUAAGGAGACUCCUCCACACCAUGACUGCAAAGAACAAUAUUGCCAUGUAUACGACCAUGAUUCAUGGUCUUUGUACAAUGGGUGGCUUGGGGAAGCUAGGAAGCUUUGGGCCAAGAUCUUGUACAAGGAGAUGUGUGGUGGAGGUCAUAAAGAAACCAGAGUCGGUUACAAUGCAAUGAUGACAGGGCUGUGUUUACAUGGAAGGACCGAUGAGGCAUAUCGAUUGUUCGAAGAAAUGCCCCAGAAGGGUAUUGUUCCUGAUUUGAUGACAUACAACACUGUAAUACAAGGUUUCUGUAGGGAGGGCAAGAUAGUAGAAAGUACGAACUUACUCCGAGAGCUCCUGACUCAUGAUGAUAUCAUCAUUGGAUUGUGUGAUCAAGGUGAUGCUGCAGGCGGAUUCAAAUGGUUGAUAGAAAUGUUAAAGAGUAAGCGUAAACCAAAGCGGGAAACUUUUGAGAGACUGGUUGAUUGCCUCUCACAAAGAGAUAGGCUGGUAGAUUCUUUACUUGUUUUAGACUUCAUGUUUAGGACGGGUUAUGCACUGGAAAAAGGCAUAUGCUGGUCUCUGGUUAAUAAGCUUUGUGGGGAGAGUAACCAUUUUGUUGAAACAUGUCUAUGGGAGAUCUUAGAAGGAAAGUGA